CUUGCCUAGUGAAGUGAGUUACAUUACAUUCAAGAGCUGCAGGACAAUCAGAGAACAGGGGAAAGUUUUGUUGGCUUUGACUGCAUCAUUUAUCAGUCUUACACUGGUAUUGCAAAAGGCUAGAAGAAGAAGAAAGAAAACAGGUUAACAAAAGACUCCGGACAAAGAAUCUAAACCUCCGUCUUGUAUUAUUGAGGCAUCAUGACACAGCAAGUCAGUGGCUCGCCGUUCCUCAAGCCCUUCUUCCUGAAGAUGCCUGUGAGAGUGGUGAGCCCCCUGCAACAGAGACGACACACACUCCCCGCCAGCGAGUUCAGGAACCUAACGGCACAGGACGCCAUCAGUGUGUUUGAGAUUGAGAGAGAAGCAUUUGUCUCUGUGUCUGGAGAGUGUCCACUUACCCUGAAUGAAGUGCUUAACUUCCUUGGCCAGUGCCCGGAGCUGUCGCUGGGUUGGUUUGAGGAGGGACAGCUGGUAGCUUUCAUCAUUGGCUCCGGCUGGGACAAGGAGAGGCUUUCACAGGAGGCAAUGACUCAGCAUGUCCCAGACACCCCCACUGUGCACAUUCAUGUGUUGUCAGUGCACCGUCACUGUCGCCAGCAAGGCAAGGGCUCCAUCCUCUUGUGGCGCUACUUGCAGUACCUGCGCUGUGUGCCGGGCCUCCGUCGAGCUCUGCUGAUUUGCGAGGACUUCCUCGUGCCUUUCUACCUCAAGGCCGGCUUCAAGGAGAAAGGGCCAUCAGCCAUCUCUGUAUCCAACAUGCAAUUCCUAGAGAUGGAGUACAUGCUUGGUGGGCAGGCGUACACACGGCGGAACAGCGGCUGCUAGUCCAUCAGCCUCUAUCCCACCCUCCUUAAGAUUAACAAAACACAGCCAGCAGAUGGACAGAUAGAGGCGCAGAGCCAUUAUGCACCAGUGGACUGGGUUCAGUAUUGGUAGCAAGAUCUUACCGGACCUUGUAAUGUCAGCACCACACAGUAUCCCACUGAACAAGGAGACAGGACUAUGAGAGGACAGAGGGGACUAAGAGUGGAUUCAUGCAAGAGCAGUUGAUCCUUUUUCCAUCUUGGCUUUUUGAGAUUAAUUUUGUUUUCCCAUUUAAUUAUUGUUAUUUGUCAAAUACUUCACAAUUCACUGUUUGUAAUGUAACCAUGGCAAUUCAUUGAAAAUUUUGUGAUGUAUAUACCGUUCUAUUUUGCUAAACCAUAUGAAUCAAGAGGUGUGUUGAACUCAUAGGGUCAUGACUGUAAAAGUGAGUUACUUGAUGAUCAUGCUGGGAUCACUAUAAAUGCUUGGAUUGUAAAUUUGCAGCAGAAAUCUUUGUUUUUGCAUAAUUUUAAUAAACUAUAAAACAAUCUU